AAAUCUACGCCUCAAGGAUUAGAAUUAAGAGCCAUGGGGUUUGACAUUCCUAUUGUCAAACCCGCCCUCUUAUAAAAUAUCCUGAGAACAUAAUGGGGUGCGAUUAACAGGUGUUUUGGGAUCCAAACCUGGGGCCCAAAUUAUUACAGGGUUUCAUCAUUUGUUAAUAUUUUUUUCCCUUUUACUAACAUUUGCAUCUUUUUGGAUUAUUAUUAGUAAUUUUUAUUACUUCUAACUAUUAGUAUUUAAUAUUAUUAAUUUUAUUAUUAAUAUUAAUAUUAAUAUUAGGUGAUAUUAUUAUUAAUAUUAUCUAGUAUUAUAGAAUUUGUAUAUAUUAUUACUAACUAUUAUUAUUCUUACUAAUUUUAAUUAUUAGGAGUUUUUUCAUUAUUAUUAUGUUAUUUGGGCAAUAGGCCCAUUAGGAAUAAAAAGAAAACCUAAUCGGUGCAAUAUAAAAGAGGUACAUAAUCCUAAUCAUUCGGGGGGAGACUUCUCACCUCUCACAUGUUCUGGUUCUGAGUCAAAUCAAUUCUUUCAAGAAAUUCCACUUAGAAAUUAGACUGAAAAAAAACAACAAGCAAUCCUUAUUUUAUACACCUUUUUACCAAUUUUUUAUUGUUGACAAUUACAUUUUCUUUGACCGAAAACUUUUGUUUCUCUUCAAUCACUCACUAGAAAAAACCACAUUAUGUAACAUUCAGAGGCUUUUAUGCUUUUCAAAGGUGUUAAACUCUCUUGCAAAUUAGCUAUUGUUUAUGCUUAGACUCACAUGUUCGCAGUUAUUGCAAUACAAAUGAUCCUUCAGCCAUCCUCUGUGGAUCCACCACCGCGACUCCGUCAAGAGUCACGACCUUCAAUCUAACCGUAACCACUAUCAUUAGUACCUGCUAUUUGUUUUUUUGUUUUUGUCUUUGUUUUCAGGAAACAUCAUACAAGUUCAAAAUCAACAACAAUAGAGCUUAGCAGCAUAAACACAUUCAAAGGGUGAGUUUAAAAUCGACUUCCGCCGUGAAGCUCAAAAUUCACCCACGGAUCCAACCUCACCUGCGCGAGACAUCAUCACUAAUCACCACGAUACUGCACAAACAUCAUCGAGUCCACAUCAUCGUCACCGUUCAACUUCAAUCGCAACGAUACCAUUUCAUCUGCUCAGCGGCAACAUUGACGCGAUAGCUUCGACAAUACCAGAUCCGGAAGCCGCAUCACUACUCACUAGUUUGCAAACCGAAGCGGAUCCGGGCACCUACCGCCGCCAGAAACAACCACACGUGAUCCUUCAUCAACGAUGACCGCAACACUUGCCGAAUCAGAUCCAAAACCGCCUCAAGCUUACGCCGCCAACUGCUCUGAUAUCGCAUACCCUCGGCCCGAUCGGCGACCACAUUCGACUGCAUCCUGGAAUUGCCAAAAUCACUGUGUCGGGUUUGGACCUGGUAAUGUUAUCUUUCCUCUAUUCUUUGAAUGAUUGAUAUUUUGUGUUGUUUGAGUUCUCUUAACAUAGAAGUGAUUAAUUGAUUUUCAUUCUUUCUCUCAUGGCUGUAUAUUUUACUAUUAUUACUUGUAAAUGAUGAAAAAUAAUGAUGAAAAAAAGGGUGGUUAGUUUUUAUCAUAAAUAAAAUAAGGAAUAGAUAGUAACUGGUGAAUAAGGGGCGGAUCCUCACGUGAGUCCUUAUCUUACUGUCUAAAUUUUUUAAUUCCACAUAGUUACUUGUAAAUAUUUUAUGUUAAUAUUUUAUUAUUAUUGGUUUAAUAUCAUUAUUCUAAAAAAUCAUUCAAUAAGUUGAGUUACAAACAAAUUCUAAUAUUUUCCCAAUUAUUACAAUUUGGUAGAUAGUUAGAACUAAGGCUAUAAUUAAUUAGAGUUAUUCUCCCGACUAUUGCGAUUAUUCGAUGUAAUUAAUUUUAAUCUAACCUUUAAUUAUAAAAUCUCAAAAACCCUAGAAAAGGCAUUAGGGUUUGUCCAAUCCCAUUAGUUUUCUAGCCAAAAUAAUAUGAUUUAAUUUGUUAUUCGUUUCGACUAAAUCUAUUGGUCGCGAUGGGUAAUAAUCGAUCAUUUUAAUUAUUUAAAUCAAUUAAAUUGAAAUAAUAACAAUUUAUUUUGCUAAAUGGUUUUAACCAAAUCUAUUGGUUACGAUGAUUAGCAUUUGUCCUUUAAAAAUUCGUUAUUAUUUGUAAUCGAAUCUAUCGAUUAUGAGGAGUAACGAUAAUUAAAAUACGCAUAUUUGCUAUUCGUGAUAAUCGAAUCUAUCGAUUAUAGUGGUUAGCAAUCCUCCCUUUAAUCCGUUAGCCAUGGUAAUCAAAUCUAUUGAUUAUUGCAACUAACGGUAACAAAUUAAAACCAGGGUUGUACGCCCAAAUCCUAAAACACUUCCCAAACCUUUUCAAACACACUAAACCACGGAACUACAAAAUUCAUCCCUUCGACACUGCGAUGUUCAAAUCUACGAUAAGGUAAUUCAAAAUACCUUCGAACUUCGCAUUUCAAAACAAUUUCAAAACAAUUUCUAAAAAACCCAUAUCAAAUCAAAUUCAAACUCUAAAUGGCGUACAACCCUUCCCGAACUACGUUGACUCUGAUUCUCCAUAAGGAGAUACGUAGGCACUUGGCAACAAGGCGAGUCCCCCACCCUAAAAUCUCAAUUUUCCCCUUAUUCAAUUCUUUAGCAUAAACCUUACCUUAAUACUCUUAGCCAUCAAACCUUUGCCUUAGAUUCAAAGCCAAUAGGAAAGGGUUGAGGGUGCCUAACACCUUCCCUCGACCUGAAUAUAGUAACUUACCCUGAAUCUCACAUCUGCGUAGGGUUUCCUAUUCGCCCUUCAGAAUAGGUGGCGACUCUCUAAGUUAAAUUUUUAGGCAGGUUGCUACAGCUGGCGACUCUGCUGGGGACAACUAUAACGGUGAAUUACUAUGCUCCUAUAGGUUUUAGGUUUGGCGCAUUUUAGGGGUUGGCAAACUUGCCAUUUUUCAGGGUUUGGGGGAAGGUUCAUCUUUAAAAAAAAUAUAUAUAAAAAAAAUUUAAUUUUUAUUUAUUUUAUUUAUCUAUAAUUUCAUCUAUUUAUAUCGUUUAAAAUAUUUAUCUGUUUACUUAAAUAAUAUCUGUAUAUUUAAAUAUUUGCUGUUAUUUGCAUUUUUUCUUAAUCGUAAGCAGCCGGAUUUCGAGGUUAGUAUAAAUAUUUAAAUUUUAUUUAUUUAUUUAUUUUCCUCUGCAAUUUCAUUACUGCAAUGUAAUUAAAUAUUUAUUUAAAUGAAUAUUUGCUAUUCUUAUUGCAUCUGCUGGAUAAUAUAAAUUGUUGUUAAACCUAAGUGUGGGAGUUAACUUUGAGACCACUAGGGGAGUAUGAAUCGCCUACGAGUCUCAUUGAUAACUCCACUCGGAGUGGGUUGAGUAUUCGGAAAUGUCCAAAACGAGGCUUGACUUUGUUGAGGGCAGGACUGGAUACUUAGCUGAUCUCUCCGGGAACCUACCCCAAAAAUUCGAACCUCAUGGAUAAAAUGAGUUGUUCUAAAACCCAAAGAGACAAAAAGUCUCGGAGGCUACGAACGACCCCAUGAGACCUUCUAGAACCCCCCAUAAAAAGGUUGGCUCCCUAGAGCCCCCUACGUCGAACCUAUGAACUUAGGACUUUCGCACUCUUGUGCUUGCUAUAUGUUUGCAAUACUUCGAAUAUCUAUGUGUUUCAAUUUUUGCAGGUAUCCCUACGUGGUCCCUAGCCUGUAGGGACUCUAAUUUCUAAAAGACCGUGUCUUUCCCACGGAAGACAUCACCAUCUAUGCAUCCCCUAGUCUGUGGGGAUUUUAUUUUUAUAUCCUUGUAUUCUUACAACUACGCGUCCUUCCCACGAAGGACAUUUCCAUUAACGCACGUCAAUUGGCCUCUCGAUGGCCAUGCGAUUCGGUGAUUGUCGUGAACGGUCACCCCGUGCUUGCUACUACGUACUCCCUAGCAUACAGGGAUUUUCUGUUACAUCCAUGUGUUUCCACAAUGACGCGUCCUUCCCCGAAGGACAACUUCACUAGCAUGCGUUCGAUUGGCCUCUCGAUGGCUAUGAAAUCUAGUGACUGUCCUGAACGGUCACUCCAUGCUUAUUCCCGCGCACCCUCUAACUUGUAGAGUUUGGGACCUCCGUUUACACAUCACAUCCCUAGCCUGUAGGGAUUUCUCUUCGUCCAUAUCGUCCUUAGAUAGGUUGUGUUCCGCAUGGAGAACCUUCCCACGAGGGACAAAUUCAUUGGUACACGUUGAUUGGCCUCUCGAUGGCCAUGAGAUUUAGUGACUAUCUUGAACGGUCACUAGCCGAUAUCUUCUGCAUACUCUCGAAUCCAAGGGAUUUCCUUUAGCGUGUCAUAACAUUUAUCCUGCAAAGAUUCCAAGAGGGUCUAAUGUCGCCUCUAAGGCCAUUCCUAGGAUCAUAUGUUACACGUCUGCAUACACGGGUUACAAUACAAGGAGUCUCUCGCUUACGCGUGCAUUGGCAUUUUCAUGCAUUCAUACAUGCUCAUUUGCAUUUCUAUCUUCGCCUGCAUCCAUACCAACCAUGCUAGCCGGUUUCUCGAAACUCCCAAAAAAUCAAAGGAUCGUAGACUAUGGAGCAAGGAGAAUAAAAGAUCUUAGUCUUGCUAAAGAAAAGAGGAUGUCUUUCACCAUGCUAGCCGCAUGUCCAUGCCUUGUCAUAACAGAAUUAUAAAUACAAUAAAGGUUGUCAUCGAGCAAGGAUUAGUUCAACAAAGAGUUCCCUCAUAGACACACUCAAGAUGUAUCUAAUCAUAAGGGGUUCAUCUACGAACAUAACAAACUUACACGGACGCUCUACGAUAACCUGGGGGCAAGGAUUAGUCCAACUGGGGCAAAAUUCUGAACAAAGAUGCAGGACUACUAUGAAGGGAAGCCGACAUAUGUUAACUCCGCACCAAGGGGCAAAAUAGUCAUAGGUGUUCUCUCUAUCAAUCUACAAACUUCGAAGGUUGCAAUGGUGUGAUACUAUCCUAAAAAAAAAGCAAAAGAGCUUCAGUCAAAGGAAACUCAUGAAGUUCCUAUAUGACGAAAACCCACCGCUAACAAGCAAUUUGUUCCCGAUAGGUUUGACGUGCCCAAGGGGAAUUCGAGGUCACCUUCUACUUCUACAAGUCCACGAACUAAGGAGUAAAACAAAGUCGACGGAUUCACAAAGGAGAUUGCCCUUAGGAUUAAUAGGUGUAUCUUUCUAGUUGUAUUUCCUACGAUCACAAAACGCUAUUUGAUGUAAAACGUUGUACUUUUCGAAUAGUAAUUCAAUACAAUAAUCAUGCAUGUUUUGAAAUCAAUUCUUUCGCUCCGCUCUUGCAUUACUGCGACUUUCCACUCGUACGCUUCUAUUCUAUUUUCAAUUUCAAAUCUAAGAGUAUUAACAAACCUGAGGGAGAAUGACGAUUACAAAUAACUAAGUCUCGCUAAACAUAUGCUUUCAAGGUAAGACCGAGCCGAGGAUGUACAGGCAUUGUUUCCAUUCCCAAACAGUGGAGAUAUAAGGAUGUUAAUCCCUCGUUACCCCCUCGAGCCAGGAGUUGGAGUUUGUUUCUACUUUUCAAAAGAACCUUGAUUUUAACCAGGGGCAGGGUAGAUUUCAACUAACUCAAUGAUGUAUUUUGGUUGUCAAGAGAAUCAGUCAAUCCAAGCAUAAGGUUCAAGCAUAUCUUCUUCCUCGCAUUCAUCCAAGAUUGAGGAAGCAAUGGAGGUAACAUUUACAACACCUUCUUCCUCAUUACAAUAUUCAAGAUCGAGGAAGUAUCAAAGGCGAAGCUUACAAAUCAAAAUCAACAUAGCAGUCACAAUAUUCAAUAUCCAAGGAUCAAUCUCAAAAGGAGUAUUCAAAAGAAGAAGGAGAAAGAGCGCCCGCUAAGUCAAAAAAAAAUUCCAUGAAUAAAAAAAAAAGAAAACGACUUAGGCAAAAUUUAGGGCAUCCCGAUGGAUCAAAUUCAAAAGAAUUGGUUCAUGCAAAAAUAAGGGAUAAAAACAAAGGCUAAAUACAAUGGAUAAUCUGGUGACUGCUAAAUCAUCAAAGCUUCGCAUCCAUGCUUGGAUCUUCACAAUAUUUUCAUCAAUGCUUGGAUCUCUAUUAAGGCUUCUGCUCAACAUCGAAACUGAAACGAUUCUCUUGCAAACAAAGCACAUCCAUUAGAUUAGUAGAAUUUUUAGGAUCUGGAGAACAUCAAGGAGAAAGGGGUGGGAUAAAUAAAAUUUUGAGCCUUAUAUCCAUUGUUUCUUAAAACAUGAACCAGGCCAAGCUACAACAUUUAAAAGUCCUAAUUGAGGCAAGGUUAACUACGAAAGCAUAUUAAGCAGGAAUUUGUUAUACUGACUCCUAUGUUUGUUAAAACUACUUCUAAUCACUAUGCUUCUCCAAGCAUUCUUUUCAAAACCAUCCAGUCCUAAUUCAUAACGGACUUUGAUUUCAAAACUUGCAUACGCAUUCCAUUGGAGCUACUUCUCAAAAAGUACGACACCAUCUACGAUUAUACACUUAGCAUCGAGGAAAUCUCGAAAUAGGUUAAUCAAAGGUGAUCAUUUCUAAUAAAGACCCUGGAGUCGGGGGAACCACAUCUAGGGGGUUCUCCUAAACAGGGGCAAAAAAUUUCAAGGAGCACAGGGGCAUACAAUCGAACAUCCUAUUAACUAGGGGCAGUCUUCCUAAGGUUCAAUCGACUUGGGGCACAUCUCAAAGCAAUCUCAAACAGGGGCAUGUCAGACAUGGGAAGAAUUCAAAUUCAGAGGAUAGAACACUAUGGAUAACCUUCCAUGACCUGGAGAUCAGGGGCACACCCUUCAAUCUAAACAUCGAAGCAUAUGACAAGGCUAUUCCCUGGGGCACUUCCUUCAUAAGCAUCUUUCUCCAUGAAAAUACUGGGGCAACGGAUAUCAAAUCCGCAAGACACACAACAAAAGGAAAAAGGCGUUCUCGCACUUUACAACAUCGAACAAAUUCUUUCUCCUAACUACGAUCUUCCGAGCUCAAACAAGACAGGUAUUGGGAAAUCGCGCUAGCAUCACACCCCAUCCUAGCAAACAGACCUGCAACUCCAGCGAACUAUAUACGCUUUGGUUAUUAAUAACCUACCGUUGGAGCAUCACACAAAUACAUACAAAUCACGCAUUACAUACAUUGGUUGAUACAUUACACCGUAACUCUUUAUGUGGUCUUCUUCAAGACAAACAUUCACAUCCAUUCAAAAGACCUUUUUCGGGUAAUCUUACAGAAGACAUUACUUCGUUCCACUCAUUACGUCAACCAAGCAUACGCAUAUGCAUAAGCAUACAUAAACAUUACAAAGCCAGCAUAAGCAUAGUCAGGGUAUAAGUGCAAGCAUGGAAUAAACAAGUUCAAAGGGUUUGAGGAGAUAAAACCAUGAGAUUGCAUCAGCAUUAGCAUACAUGCAUACGCAUUAGCAUUAGCAUAUACAUAUCACAAAAGCCCAAUUUUUAUUGGCAAUCCAAACCAUUACAAAGUCCAGUUCCCGUCUGGUAGUCAGUCCUCGUCUGACCGUUUCAUCAGUAUACAUACAACAUAUACAUGUGUAAGCAUUCACACAUACGCAUUAUACAAACAACAGGGGCAUGUGCAUAACGCAUAAGCAUGAUACAUACGUAUUUACAAAACAAAAUUCUACAUAGGUAAAUUUCGCGAUAACACUCGCGGAUAACCCUAUUGGUGGUACAGGUAAAUUCUGCGAUAACACUCGCAGAUAACCCUGAUAACAUAGGUAAAUUUCGCGACAACACUCGCGAAUAACCCUAUUGGUGGUACAGGUAAAUUCUGCGAUAACACUCGCAGAUAACCCUGAUAACAUAGGUAAAUUUCGCGACAACACUCGCGAAUAACCCUAUUGGUGGUACAGGUAAAUUCUGCGACAACACUCGCAGAUAACCCUGGUAACAUAGGUAAAUUUCGCGACAACACUCGCGAAUAACCCUAUUGGUGGUACAGGUAAAUUCUGCGAUAACACUCGCAGAUAACCCUGGUGACAUAGGUAAAUUUCGCGACAACACUCGCGAAUAACCCUAUUGGUGGUACAGGUAAAUUCUGCGAUAACACUCGCAGAUAACCCUGGUGAAACAGGUAAAUUCUGCGAUGAUAUUCGCCGAUAACCCUGUCGGUGCAGGUGAACUUGCUAGAAUUAUAGCAAGCAAUCCUAUUGGGGUACAAACUGCGAUGUAACUUGCCAGAACUACGGUAAGUGAGAGGUACAAAUUGCGAGUAGCUUACCAGCACUAUGGUAAGUGAGAGGUUCACAAACUGCGAGUAGCUUACCAGCACUAUGGUAAGUGAGAGGUUCACAAACUGCGAGUAGCUUACCAGCACUAUAGUAAGUGGGGGUUCACAAGCUGCGGAAGCUUGCUGACCAUAGCAAGCCAAUUACACAACCAACAGAAGGUCCUCGCUAUUCCUUUUCAGGAACCUUUCCAGGAAGUCUUCUUCAAGACGUAUUCCAUCCUUUCUAGGAGCUUUUCCAGGCAUACAAGAUUUUUAAACCGUUCUUCAAUUGGGUUUAUCACGUUAGUCUCUCGGCAGUGAUAUCUUCCAAAACAUCAUCAACAAACAAUCAAAGGUGCUAUCUUUCUUUUCAGAAUUACUAACAUACUUCGACUACCAUAACUAAAUAGUCAUGCAUCAUCCAACUAACAUAUCUCAUUCAUACAUAGUACAUAUACAUACAUCGCUCUCAUUUAUUUUGAGAAGCUCACUGCAUCAUGCAUCGCAUGCAUCAUACACAUUGCAUAAAUUCAGGUUGCCUUUUAGGCCGUACUACAAUCAAAGCAAGUGGUUCCUCUUGAAAGCAUCUGCUUCACAUCCUGAGAAAUGGUAUUCACCUUGGGUGGCAUCUGUAAGCCCAUCUCCCGCGGAAUUCUGUCCCAACAAAGGCAAAUUUCAGGGCAUUUCAGUGUCCAAUCAUCUUCUACCUUUAGAUUACAAUAGGCAGACGUGCCUAUCCGACUCUCAGGUUUAAGAAGAUUGAACAGGGGCAGCUGUCAUACCCCGAAAUUUGCCCGAUCAAAUCUACGCCUCAAGGAUUAGAAUUAAGAGCCAUGGGGUUUGACAUUCCUAUUGUCAAACCCGCCCUCUUAUAAAAUAUCCUGAGAACAUAAUGGGGUGCGAUUAACAGGUGUUUUGGGAUCCAAACCUGGGGCCCAAAUUAUUACAGGGUUUCAUCAUUUGUUAAUAUUUUUUUCCCUUUUACUAACAUUUGCAUCUUUUUGGAUUAUUAUUAGUAAUUUUUAUUACUUCUAACUAUUAGUAUUUAAUGUUAUUAAUUUUAUUAUUAAUAUUAAUAUUAAUAUUAGGUGAUAUUAUUAUUAAUAUUAUCUAGUAUUAUAGAAUUUGUAUAUAUUAUUACUAACUAUUAUUAUUCUUACUAAUUUUAAUUAUUAGGAGUUUUUUCAUUAUUAUUAUGUUAUUUGGGCAAUAGGCCCAUUAGGAAUAAAAAGAAAACCUAAUCGGUGCAAUAUAAAAGAGGUACAUAAUCCUAAUCAUUCGGGGGGAGACUUCUCACCUCUCACAUGUUCUGGUUCUGAGUCAAAUCAAUUCUUUCAAGAAAUUCCACUUAGAAAUUAGACUGAAAAAAAACAACAAGCAAUCCUUAUUUUAUACACCUUUUUACCAAUUUUUUAUUGUUGACAAUUACAUUUUCUUUGACCGAAAACUUUUGUUUCUCUUCAAUCACUCACUAGAAAAAACCACAUUAUGUAACAUUCAGAGGCUUUUAUGCUUUUCAAAGGUGUUAAACUCUCUUGCAAAUUAGCUAUUGUUUAUGCUUAGACUCACAUGUUCGCAGUUAUUGCAAUACAAAUGAUCCUUCAGCCAUCCUCUGUGGAUCCACCACCGCGACUCCGUCAAGAGUCACGACCUUCAAUCUAACCGUAACCACUAUCAUUAGUACCUGCUAUUUGUUUUUUUGUUUUUGUCUUUGUUUUCAGGAAACAUCAUACAAGUUCAAAAUCAACAACAAUAGAGCUUAGCAGCAUAAACACAUUCAAAGGGUGAGUUUAAAAUCGACUUCCGCCGUGAAGCUCAAAAUUCACCCACGGAUCCAACCUCACCUGCGCGAGACAUCAUCACUAAUCACCACGAUACUGCACAAACAUCAUCGAGUCCACAUCAUCGUCACCGUUCAACUUCAAUCGCAACGAUACCAUUUCAUCUGCUCAGCGGCAACAUUGACGCGAUAGCUUCGACAAUACCAGAUCCGGAAGCCGCAUCACUACUCACUAGUUUGCAAACCGAAGCGGAUCCGGGCACCUACCGCCGCCAGAAACAACCACACGUGAUCCUUCAUCAACGAUGACCGCAACACUUGCCGAAUCAGAUCCAAAACCGCCUCAAGCUUACGCCGCCAACUGCUCUGAUAUCGCAUACCCUCGGCCCGAUCGGCGACCACAUUCGACUGCAUCCUGAAAUUGCCAAAAUCACUGUGUCGGGUUUGGACCUGAAAAUGAAGAAGGUUUCAAACUUGCAAAAGAAGACGGUUGUCGCAAAAAGGAUGAACAAGUUACCGCCAAUUUUCGGUUGCCUCUAUUUAGAUCCAGUGCUGAAUUGGCUAAGAAGUAUGAUAUCAAAUGUGAGAUGGUAAAUAAGAACCGUGAAGGACCUAGUAAAGUAGGCAUCCGGCCUCCUUUUGUGCUUGCAUCUAGGGAACUUUUCAACUUAUCUAAGCUUGAAACUGCUGAUUCAAGGAUUGAUAGUUCGGCCGAUGUGUUGUAUCCAACCAAAAUGAGGACAAGGCAGACAACUCCCAGAAAAGUAGGGGCUGAAUUUACUAAUUCAAGGACCAGGCAGAAAGUAAUUCCCAAAACAGGGCCUGAAGUUGCUUCAAGGACCAGGCAGCAACUUACUAAAAAAACAGGGCCUGAAAUUGUUGAUUCAAGGACCAGGCAGCAACAAGGAAGUGAUAAGCAACAAGUUUCAAGUGCCAAGCAGCAACAAGGAAGUGCUAAGCAACAAGUUUCAAGUGCUAAGCAACAAGUUUCAGGUGCCAAGCAACAAGCUUCAAGUGCUAAGCAACAAGCUUCAAGUGCGAAUCAGCAACGUCCUUCAAGUGCAAAGCAGAAUCCUUCAAAUGCAAAGCAGCAACCUAAGGAGAAACGGGUGGUUGACACUGCUGAUUCAAGGUCAAACCAGAAUCGUAUGAAAAGGGCAAUGAUAGAAGUUGAUGGAAAUUCCGGGACAGAGCAAGGAAGUGGCUUGAAGAAGACAAAACGAAUCCCAAUGUGUAAAUCGACUUCAGUUGAAGAAUUCCUCAAAGAAAAUGGGGAAAAUAGUGAAGAAGAUGAAUGUGAAAAUCUUGAGGAAGAAGAAAAUAUAAUGGGUGGAGAAGAAAACACUCAGCAAAUUGUAAGUGAACAAACUGAAGGGGCAAGUAAGAAAAGGACACGUGGACCAACUCAAUGUUUGAAAAUCCAUGCUAGAAAGAGUACGGAUUGUGAAGAGGUGGUCUUAGACGAUGAUGGAGAACCUAUUGGACCCAAUGAUCGUACCGUGACAUAUUUGAGUUGUUUCCUUGGCACUGUCACGAGGAAUUCAGACUUGUGUCCCUUAGUUUAUACUAACUUCAAAGCUUUGAAGAAAGCAAACAAGGACCGUAUAUGGGAAUUUGUCGCUGAUAAAUUCAUUAUCCCUGAUAAUGGAAGUAGAGCGUUUUUCUCUCGCAUAAAUGAUGCUUGGAGGCGUUACAAGAAAGAUCUCAAAAAGAGUUGUUUUUUAAAGUACACUACUAUGAGUGAAAGAUUGAAGCAUCGUCCCCAGACUGUACCUGAAGUUCAUUUCAAGCAAUUGAUAUCCUAUUGGAAGAACAAUAACAUCCAAAAAAUUAGCAAAAUCAAUGCAGUGAACAGAGCUAAGCAAAAGUAUAUGCAUCGGAUGGGCCCAACAAACUUUGCGAGGAUUCGUGCAAAACUGCGUGCUAAGAAAGAGGACGGAAAGGAAGUUAGCCAGGCAGAGAUGUUCAUUGAGACUCGACAAAGUCGAAAAUGAAAAUAGCCAGAUGAGGAAACUUCAAGUCUAAUUUCUAAGCUUCAAGAAUCAGUUCAGAACUCAACUGAAUCUGAGACAUUUAACUCCUUGUUUGGGAAAGAAAAAUCUGGACGAGUUCGUUGCUAUGGAAGAACAAUAACACCUACCGUGCUUAAAAUAAAAGAAGAAAUUCUGGUUAUUAAAAAGCAGCAUAAUGAUGAAGUGGCUGGAAUGAAGAGGGAGAUGGAUGGUAUGAAGGCACUAUUUAAGACCAUGAUGAAGCAACAAAACCCACAUAUGAGCGACGAGGAGAUCUCUAAUUUGAUGGCAACUGCUAUGGGCUGUUCCAUUAGUACUACUGCUGCCCCUGCUGAUCCACAUUCGUCUGCAUCAACUCAUAUUCCGCAUUGCGAACAGAGUGGAGACGAAGAAGAUUGUGAUGAAGAUAUGGAAGAAGCUUGUGAUCAUGAAGAUGUGGAAGAAGGUUGUCCUGAAGAUGUGGAAGAAGGUUGUCCUGAAGAUGUGGAAGAAGAAGGAGAAGUUCAAGAAGAAUAUUAAGAAGUUGUGUUUAGAAAGAUGUGGAAGAAGUUUUGAUGUUUGGAAAGAUGUGGAAGAAGUUUUAUUAUCUAGCUAGCUAGUUCUUAGAACUUUUUUUGUUAUUUUGGGAUGACUCUUAGAGAGAAACUUAUGUUUAAUUUAGCUCUUGUUUUGAAUCUUGUUUUGAAUCCCAUGGUUGUUUUGAAUUUGGGAUGACAUCAAAACUUAGUAUCCAACUUAUUAGUGGCACUACAAAAAAAACUUACUUUUGAGUUAAUGUUAAUUUGCUUGUAAUUAA